GCAAAGAGUUCCUAAACGAACAGACAAACAAUUAAAAAUGCAGUUGCCACUGCUACUCUUGGCGGCCAUGGCCAGCCUCGCCACCGCCGCUGGACCGCCUACCGCUGACAGCGCCACCACCGACCUGACCACUGCCGACACUGAAACUUCCGGCGAUGAUACCGGCACCAAUGUUGAUAACGGUGUUCCGGAUGACGCGGUAAUUCUCCAGGGCCCCGACAACGACGCAUUCUGUUUCUGUGCAAGCUUCGAAGACAUCACCGAUGAUAACGCAACCUACUAUGUCGAUAACGUGGACACCGCAGCCAUAUGCCUGGCCUCCGAUUCGAUCGUUGCGUACUACGAUGUGGGUGAUGGCAAGAUUGUCGCACACUGUCAAGAUAAGACAAUCUUCCAGGACGCUCAAAGCUUUGCAGAUGCCUGCGCCGAGGCCGAUCCAUUGGGACUUAAUAACGGAGCGGGAUGUUGCGGAGCAUCCCCUGAUCCAUGCAACAACUUUGCGGCGGACCCUGAAUACAUAGGGGCCGGCGUAGGCGGUGAUGGUGGCACUGAGGGUGGAGACCCUUCAGGGGGUAUGCAGGCUGGAGACGUCCAAGGGGGCGCCGAUACUGCAAUGGGUACAGAUGAUCAAGGGACCGAUGCGUCUGGACAGAUGAGUGCAGACGGUGCAGAGGAAGGGAACGAGGAGGGUAAGAAGGAAAAGAAGGGUAAGAAGUCGAAAAAGCCUCCGAAAUCGUUCAGAUUGUGA